CAGUCAGGUGUUCCAUCAGUCAGGUGUUCCAUCAGUCAGAUGUUCAGAUGUUCCAUCAGUCAGGUGUUCCAUCAGUCAGAUGUUCAGAUGUUCCAUCAGUCAGGUGUUCAGGUGUUCCAUCAGUCAGGUGUUCAGAUGUUCCAUCAGUCAGGUGUUCAGAUGUUCCAUCAGUCAGAUGUUCCAUCAGUCAGAUGUUCCAUCAGUCAGGUGUUCCAUCAGUCAGAUGUUCCAUCAGUAAGAUGUUCAGGUGUUCCAUCAGUCAGGUGUUCAGGUGUUCCAUCAGUCAGGUGUUCAGAUGUUCCAUCAGUCAGGUGUUCAGAUGUUCCAUCAGUCAGGUGUUCAGAUGUUCCAUCAGUCAGGUGUUCAGAUGUUCCAUCAGUCAGGUGUUCAGAUGUUCCAUCAGUCAGGUGUUCAGGUGUUCCAUCAGUCAGGUGUUCAGAUGUUCCAUCAGUCAGGUGUUCCAUCAGUCAGGUGUUCCAUCAGUCAGAUGUUCCAUCAGUAAGAUGUUCAGGUGUUCCAUCAGUCAGGUGUUCAGGUGUUCCAUCAGUCAGGUGUUCAGAUGUUCCAUCAGUCAGGUGUUCAGGUGUUCCAUCAGUCAGGUGUUCAGAUGUUCCAUCAGUCAGGUGUUCCAUCAGUCAGAUGUUCAGAUGUUCCAUCAGUCAGGUGUUCAGGUGUUCCAUCAGUCAGGUGUUCAGAUGUUCCAUCAGUCAGGUGUUCAGAUGUUCCAUCAGUCAGAUGUUCCAUCAGUCAGAUGUUCCAUCAGUCAGGUGUUCCAUCAGUCAGAUGUUCCAUCAGUAAGAUGUUCAGGUGUUCCAUCAGUCAGGUGUUCAGGUGUUCCAUCAGUCAGGUGUUCAGAUGUUCCAUCAGUCAGGUGUUCAGAUGUUCCAUCAGUCAGGUGUUCAGAUGUUCCAUCAGUCAGAUGUUCAGAUGUUCCAUCAGUCAGGUGUUCAGGUGUUCCAUCAGUCAGGUGUUCAGAUGUUCCAUCAGUCAGGUGUUCAGAUGUUCCAUCAGUCAGAUGUUCCAUCAGUCAGAUGUUCCAUCAGUCAGGUGUUCCAUCAGUCAGAUGUUCCAUCAGUAAGAUGUUCAGGUGUUCCAUCAGUCAGGUGUUCAGGUGUUCCAUCAGUCAGGUGUUCAGAUGUUCCAUCAGUCAGGUGUUCAGAUGUUCCAUCAGUCAGGUGUUCAGAUGUUCCAUCAGUCAGGUGUUCAGAUGUUCCAUCAGUCAGGUGUUCAGGUGUUCCAUCAGUCAGGUGUUCAGAUGUUCCAUCAGUCAGGUGUUCCAUCAGUCAGGUGUUCCAUCAGUCAGAUGUUCCAUCAGUAAGAUGUUCAGGUGUUCCAUCAGUCAGGUGUUCAGGUGUUCCAUCAGUCAGGUGUUCAGAUGUUCCAUCAGUCAGGUGUUCAGGUGUUCCAUCAGUCAGGUGUUCAGAUGUUCCAUCAGUCAGGUGUUCAGAUGUUCCAUCAGUCAGGUGUUCAGAUGUUCCAUCAGUCAGGUGUUCAGAUGUUCCAUCAGUCAGGUGUUCAGAUGUUCCAUCAGUCAGGUGUUCAGGUGUUCCAUCAGUCAGGUGUUCAGAUGUUCCAUCAGUCAGGUGUUCAGAUGUUCCAUCAGUCAGAUGUUCCAUCAGUCAGGUGUUCAGAUGUUCCAUCAGUCAGGUGUUCAGAUGUUCCAUCAGUCAGGUGUUCAGAUGUUCCAUCAGUCAGAUGUUCCAUCAGUCAGGUGUUCAGGUGUUCCAUCAGUCAGGUGUUCAGAUGUUCCAUCAGUAAGAUGUUCCGUCAGUCAGGUGUUCCAUCAAUCAGGUGUUCAGAUGUUCCAUCAGUCAGGUGUUCAGAUGUUCCAUCAGUCAGAUGUUCCAUCAGUCAGAUGUUCCAUCAGUCAGGUGUUCCAUCAGUCAGAUGUUCCAUCAGUAAGAUGUUCAGGUGUUCCAUCAGUCAGGUGUUCAGGUGUUCCAUCAGUCAGGUGUUCAGAUGUUCCAUCGGUCAGGUGUUCAGAUGUUCCAUCGGUCAGGUGUUCAGGUGUUCCAUCAGUCAGGUGUUCAGAUGUUCCAUCAGUCAGAUGUUCAGAUGUUCCAUCAGUCAGGUGUUCCAUCAGUCAGAUGUUCCAUCAGUAAGAUGUUCAGGUGUUCCAUCAGUCAGGUGUUCAGAUGUUCCAUCGGUCAGGUGUUCAGGUGUUCCAUCAGUCAGGUGUUCAGAUGUUCCAUCAGUCAGAUGUUCAGAUGUUCCAUCAGUCAGGUGUUCCAUCAGUCAGAUGUUCCAUCAGUAAGAUGUUCAGGUGUUCCAUCAGUCAGGUGUUCAGGUGUUCCAUCAGUCAGGUGUUCAGAUGUUCCAUCAGUCAGGUGUUCAGGUGUUCCAUCAGUCAGGUGUUCAGAUGUUCCAUCAGUCAGGUGUUCAGAUGUUCCAUCAGUCAGAUGUUCCAUCAGUCAGGUGUUCAGAUGUUCCAUCAGUCAGAUGUUCCAUCAGUCAGGUGUUCAGAUGUUCCAUCAGUCAGGUGUUCAGAUGUUCCAUCAGUCAGGUGUUCAGGUGUUCCAUCAGUCAGGUGUUCAGGUGUUCCAUCAGUCAGGUGUUCAGAUGUUCCAUCAGUAAGAUGUUCCAUCAGUCAGGUGUUCCAUCAGUCAGGUGUUCAGAUGUUCCAUCAGUCAGGUGUUCCAUCAGUCAGAUGUUCCAUCAGUAAGAUGUUCAGGUGUUCCAUCAGUCAGGUGUUCAGGUGUUCCAUCAGUCAGGUGUUCAGGUGUUCCAUCAGUCAGGUGUUCAGAUGUUCCAUCAGUCAGGUGUUCAGGUGUUCCAUCAGUCAGGUGUUCAGGUGUUCCAUCAGUCAGGUGUUCAGGUGUUCCAUCAGUCAGGUGUUCAGAUGUUCCAUCAGUCAGGUGUUCAGAUGUUCCAUCAGUCAGAUGUUCAGAUGUUCCAUCAGUCAGGUGUUCAGAUGUUCCAUCAGUCAGGUGUUCAGAUGUUCCAUCAGUCAGGUGUUCAGAUGUUCCAUCAGUCAGAUGUUCCAUCAGUCAGGUGUUCAGAUGUUCCAUCAGUCAGAUGUUCCAUCAGUCAGGUGUUCAGAUGUUCCAUCAGUCAGGUGUUCAGGUGUUCCAUCAGUCAGGUGUUCAGAUGUUCCAUCAGUAAGAUGUUCCAUCAGUCAGGUGUUCCAUCAAUCAGGUGUUCAGGUGUUCCAUCAGUCAGAUGUUCCAUCAGUCAGGUGUUCAGGUGUUCCAUCAGUCAGGUGUUCAGAUGUUCCAUUACCUUCUAGCUCAACGUCUCUGAACUUCUGUUUGUUGUACAGAAGAAG